AAAGAAUAUUAGGAUUGGCAAAGAAUAUCACUUUCCUCUAGGGAACAACAAACGGGACAAAGCCUAGAAGAGAAUGUACCAUUCCAAAGACUUGUAAAUGUUGGCCAGGAAAGAAUCUUUUAUAUAUAUGUAUAUUUUGGCUUGCCUUGUAUAUUAAGCAUCCUCUUUACAACCCCACAUUACACUUUGUAUACAACAGCCUUCGCAAGCAAAGAACCCAAACCUACAGACCAUUCCAUAUUUAUAUAAGACCCCUUCUUGCACAUAACACAUAUCAAGUACUGAUUUUUCCUGCAUUGCACUUUUAGUGUCCUGAAAACUCUUAAUUCUCUCCUCUUCCAACAACAGCUUUUCAUUAUAAACCAUAUAGUACAAAGAUGGCUGCUGGGCAAAUGAAACAAGUUGCCAGUCUCCUUUUGCUCCUAAAUUUCUGCAUGUAUGUUAUUGUUUUAGGCAUUGGUUCUUGGGCUAUUAAUAGAGCCAUUGAUCACGGUUUCAUCAUUGGACCUGGAUUUGAUCUUCCAGCACAUUUCUCACCCAUAUACUUUCCAAUGGGAAAUGCUGCCACCGGGUUCUUUGUCACAUACGCUAUGAUUGCCGGAGUCGUUGGAGUGGCAGCAGUAAUAUCUGGAGUCAACCAUAUUCGUUUGUGGACUGCUGAUAGCUUGCCAUCUGCGGCUUCAGCUGCUGCUAUUGCUUGGUCUCUGACUGCCCUUGCUAUGGGGUUUGCUUGCAAAGAGAUUGAACUCCGACUCAGAAAUUCUCGUCUGAGAACAAUGGAGGCAUUCCUAAUUAUCCUUUCAGUUACGCAGCUUCUAUACAUAGCAGCCAUUCAUGGUGCUGCAAGUACACCAAGAAGAUAAACUUGAUUGAAAGUUGAGUGGCAGUGUUUGUGUGGCUUGUCUUGUUUUUCUGCUAUUUUUUCUUCAUUUUUACCACUUGACCGUGUACAAAGCUGGCCAAAGAUUUGGCAGCUCGUUUGCUUGGUGUGAUUCCAUUUGAUUCUAUUUGAUUUGUAUCAACCAAUAAUAAGAAAUGAUUUGCAAAAAGCAUGCUACAUUUCUGUA